AUGUACAGGAAACUGGCCUCCAUUUUGGUUCUGCUGCUGGGCCUCUCGCAGGUCCUGGCUCAAGAGGACCAGGACCCAUCCAGUACAGAGGAAAUUGACGAGGAAGUUGACAUCUCUACAAGAAUCCUGGAAGCCAACCAAAAAAUCUCAGGGUUCCUGAUGGAGGGAGACGUGGCCAUUCCAAGAGACAGGAAUGCCAUGAAGUGCGGGAAUUGCAUGUGGAGGAAGUCACCAUCCGGACUUGUGGAAGUGCCGUACAGUGUAUCUAAAGAUUUUACUACCCAGAAUAAGGCUGUUAUUCAGAAGGCUAUGCAAACCUUCCAUGAGAAGACCUGCAUUCGUUUUGUGCCUUACGUCAAACAGACGAGCUUCAUCAGAAUUCAGUCUCAUGACGGGUGCUACUCCUCGCUUGGAAGGAGAAGCGGAGGACAAACCAUCUCGCUGAACAAGCACGGCUGUGUUUACAAGGGUGUCGUUCAGCACGAGCUGCUUCACGCCCUCGGCUUCCUCCAUGAGCAGACUAGAGGUGAUCGGGACAAGUACGUCAAGAUCAACUGGGAAAACAUCCAAGCAGGCGUUUCCCAAAACUUUGCAAAGUAUUCCACUAAUAACCUGAACACGGCGUAUGACUAUGGAUCCGUCAUGCACUACAGCAGAAAAGCCUUUUCAAAAAAUAAGAAGGACACCAUCACCCCGAUUCCUAAUUCCAAUGUGAGCAUCGGACAGCGGAGAGAUUUGUCAGAGAUCGACAUUGUGAAGAUCAACAGGCUGUAUAAGUGUGAGGUCACUAAAACCAUCAGUAAUGAAACUCUUGAGGAGCUGAUAAGACGCUUGGAGAUCACAGAGACCAAAGUGAAGAGUCUGGUCGGCCAAAAUAAAGGUAAUGUGAACUGGAGAAAGAAAACAAUGCGAUUCUGA